GCCCCAGCUCCUGGGACCGCUGUGGGCUUGGGGACAAGAGAACAGAAACCUUCUCGUGGAUCAAAUAAUAUUUUAAAAAAAUCUCAGAGCCAAUCCCAGUGAGGGUGAAGGAGAGAAGUGGGUUUGGCCUGCGCCCUGCUGGACCCAAGAGCUGCUCUGGAGCUCUCGUGGCGUCGCCUCGGCCUGGCCAUGGACCUGCAGGAGAAGGCUUGCUCAGGACGUCGGGGCGACUGGGAGCCCUAGGGGAUUCUCCGCUGUUCAGCCCCAGCCUCAGCCCUCUGUGGACCUGGCGAAAUCACUCCUUCACCUAGUUAUUGCCGAGGACCUGCGCCCCGUGUCUCCGGGAUGUGCCCCUAUGAGAUGGGGACGCUGUGGCACCUUUGGUCUCCUGUGCUCAUCAGCCUGGCCGCCCUUUGCUCCAAAGUGACAGAAGGCCGUGGGAUUCUCGAGAGCAUCCAGCGGUUCUCCUUGCUGCCCACCUACCUCCCAGUGACCUACCACAUCAACAACGCAGAUGUCUCCUUCUUCCUGAAGGAGGCCAACCAGGACAUCAUGCGGAACUCCAGCCUGCAGUCGCGGGUCGAGUCCUUCCUGAUCUACAAGUCCAAGAGACUGCCCAUUCUUAAUGCCAGCUAUGGGCCCUUCUCCAUAGAACAGGUGGUGCCCCAGGACCUGAUGUUGCCUUCCAACCCCUUCGGGUUCACCAACAAGUUCUCUCUUAACUGGAAGCUGAAGGCCUCCAUCCUGCAGGAGAAGGUCUACGUGAGCCAGCCCAGAGUGCAGGUUCUCUUCCACAUCGUGGGCAGAGACUGGGACGACCACAGGGCCACUGAGAAGCUACCCUGUCUGCGAGUCUUUGCUUUCCGUGAAACCCAAGAGGUGCGGGGCAGCUGCCGGCUGGGCGGGACCCUGGGUCUGUGCGUGGCUGAGCUUGAGCUGCCAUCCAGCUGGUUCAGUCCCCCAUCGGUGGUGGCCGGGCGGAGGAGGCCGACAGAACCAGAGGGGAGUCCAGUAGAGCUUUACUACACUGUGCAGCCAGGGAACGAGCAAGGGGUCUGUACCAGGGAGGACUUGAGGAAGGGCAGUGGCCUUGGGACAGGCCACAAUGACAUUGACGAGUCAGGCCCCCCCUUGCACAGGAUUGGGAGUGUCUUUCUUUAUCAGAUCCCCAGUAGCCCAUCCCUGAGGGAGCUGCAUUUGGACAACAGCGUGGCUGUACAUUAUCUUCCAAAGACUGCACGGCAAGGAGAUGUCCUGACUUUCCUUGUUUCCAUCUCCAAAAACUCCACUGAGGAUGGUUUCACCCUGAGGGCCAAAGUGAAGAAAGGGGUGAGCAUCGUUGGUGUGAGAGCCAGCAGCCCUUCUGUAUGGGAUGUCAAACAGAGCUCAGAGUACAUGGGGAAGUAUGCUCCAGCUGUGAUCGUUUGUCAGAAGAAAUCUGCUGGCUCAGAAAACAGUGCGGAUGGCACCUCAUAUGAAGUCAUGCAGAUUGACAUUGAGAUUGAAGGGCCCAAUGAUCCACCCACCACACAACUUGUCACAUGGCAAGUUGAAUACCCAGGAGAGAUCACGUCUGACUUGGGGGUGUCCAAGAUCUACGUUAGCCAGAAGGAAUUGAUUGGAGUCAUACCACUGGCCAUGGAGGCAGAGAUUCUGAACACGGCCAUCCUGACCGGGAAGACAGUGGCCGUCCCUGUGAGGGUGAUCUCAGUAGAGGAGGACGGAACAGUGAGAGAUCUGUUGGACUCGGUGGAGUGCAGGUCUUCUGAUGAAGAUGUGAUUAAGGUUUCUGACCGAUGUGACUAUGUCUUUGUCAAUGGGAAAGAAAUGAAAGGCAAAGUGAAUGUGGUGGUCAGCUUCACCUACCAGCAUCUGAGCAGCACUCUGGAGAUGACAGUGUGGGUGCCACGACUGCCCCUGCAGAUCGAGGUCACAGACACAGAGCUCAACCAGAUCAAGGGCUGGAGGGUCCCCAUUGUCUCCAAUAAAAGGCCUUCUGGGGACAGUGAGGAAGAGGAUGAUGAAGAGAGGAGAGGCCGAGGCUGUACCCUACAAUACCAGCAUGCCAUAGUGCGCGUCUUGACCCAGUUUGUGGCUGAGGCAUCUGACCCUGGGGGACACCUAGCCUACCUAUUGGGCUCAGACUGGCAAGUGGACAUUACAGAGCUGAUAAAUGACUUCAUGCAGGUGGAAGAGCCCAGGAUUGCACAGCUUCAAGGAGGGCAGAUUCUGACUGGGCAGGAGCUGGGGAUGACUACCCUCCAGAUCCUGUCCCCUCUGUCGGAUACCAUCCUGGCUGAAAAGACUAUCACUGUACUGGAUGAGAAGGUGACCAUUACAGACCUCGGGGUCCAGCUGGUGACAGGACUGUCACUCUCCUUGCAGCUCAGCCCUGGAAGCAACAGAGCCAUUUUUGCCACUGCAGUGGCUCAAGAACUUCUACAGAGGCCCAAGCAGGAAGCAGCCAUCAGCUGCUGGGUGCAAUUCAGUGAUGGUUCAGUCACACCUUUGGACAUUUAUGACAGGAAGGAUUUUUCCCUGACAGCCUCAUCCUUGGAUGAAAAGGUGGUCUCCAUCCUUCAGAACCCCAAGUUCAAGUGGCCUAUCAUUGCUGCAGAAAAUGAAGGACAAGGGGCACUGGUGAAGGUAGAGAUGCUAAUCAGUGAAUCCUGCCAGAAAUCCAAGCGGAAGAGUGUGCUAGCUGUUGGAACAGCCAACAUCAAAGUUAAAUUUGGCCAAAAUGAUGCAAACCCCAACAACAGUGAGAGCAGACACACCAGAGCUGGACUUCAUGUGGAGAAUAACAUCAGUGACAGGAGAUCCAAAAAGCUCUUCCAGGAAUGGGGAAGCCCUGAGGGGCCAUUCUAUGGCAGCUCUUCCAUGGGGCUCAUAGAGGGAAGGGGUGGCACGACCGAGAAGUCAACUUUCCAGAAGAAAGACAGACAGGAAAGCCUGUUGGAGGAAGAAAUCCACUUGCAGACAGUGACCACAGACCUUGCUAGCUUUCCAGACCGGGAAGACCUCCCCAGGAGCAACAUGGACAUGGAGGAAAAUGAUGAACUCUCACAGACUUCCAAGGGGCUGAGUGAUCUGGAAAUUGGGAUGUACGCUCUGCUGGGUGUCUUCUGCCUGGCCAUCUUGGUCUUCUUAAUCAACUGUGUGACCUUUGCCCUGAAAUACAGGCACAAACAGGUUCCCUUUGAGGGGCAGGAGGGUAUGAGUCACUCCCAUGACUGGGUUGGGUUGAGCAACAGGACAGAGCUUUUGGAGAAGCACUUGAACUUCACCUCCUCCCAGGAGGAGCAGAUCACUGCCAUUGACCAGGGCAUUGACUUUGAGGAGAGCAAGUUCCUCCUCAGCUCAAACUCCCAGAACAGCAUCAAUGGGCAGCUGUUAAAGUCCACAGGAUCCACAGUCAUGGAUGGAAAAGACCAGAAGGGUGAGCCCCCAACCUCUCCUACCUCCAAGAGGAAGAGAGUGACAUUUUCUACCUUCUCCACUGUCUCUUUGGAUGAUGGCUGCCCUUCUGGGAACACCAUGGUGAUGAGUAAUGAGGAUGACAUUAAGUGGGUCUGCCAGACCCUGGACCCUGCGGAUUGCUCAGAGCUUCACAACUACUUGGAAAGACUGCAUGAAAAUGCAUAAACCAGACAUAUAGACACUUGUUCUCACCUUUCAGCCUUUAACCUGGGCAUGGGUGGCAACCAUGCACCCAGGGGAGAAAUAGAUGAGAGGUCAAGAAAAGGGUGACACUGUCCACCAAGCCUCAGAAACAUUACUCCCCACUUAGCUGGGGAGAGCCAGAGUUGGCACUGAGGCACAUUGUAGCAUAUGAUGCUUUGCUCCAAGUUAAGAGGUUGUCACACAUGGUGAGAUUAUUUAAACUUGGAACAAAAGCAAUUCUGAACCACUGAGCUGAGUGUUUCUUAGGAAAAAAAAUUCUCUCACUCUCUUUAAUCUGAGCUAUUUGGGCUUAUGAAAUCCACAUGGCUCUGAUUCAAUACCACAGUCCAUGAAGAAAAGUGGGUGUCAGUGUAAGCAUGCCAGAUCAAUGGGAGGUAGCAGGAUCAGCAGAGCUUGCUGUGAGUGUGGUCACAGGCAGAGACCAGUAUUAUGGUCAGAUGUAGGACCCAAGGUAGUGAGCUAUUAUCACCAAAGAUAUGUCAGAUCCAGCUGGGGAUUAUUGAAAGAAUAAGGCAGAUGUUGACAAGGACAGUAAGGCACUACAUGGGCAAAUAGGCCACAGGUAUCUUUGUAACUUCAUGCCAAGAACAAGCAAACACGCUCACCUCUGGAGCAAUUCUUAGCAUCCCUCUCUCUGUAAGCAAGGACACUGGACACAGAGUCUCAAUCAGGCUCAGAGAACUAGGCCCCUUUAGUAAGUUCCUCCUAUUUGAACUUGACCUCCUCACUCCAAUAUCACCUUUCCGAUAGCCCCUGGUCAUCUAUGCCUGGGAAAGAAGAAGGCAAUUUCCAGUAUCCAUUUCUUUUUUUGUGUUUUCCCAGAGGUUCUGUGGCAAUAUCAGAUGACCUUCUUUCUUGAGAAGCUCCCAGGGACAUAUUUUCUUCUGACAGAGCUGGUCUCUGGGGGUAAGCAUUUUUCACAGUGAAUUUCCCUCCCUGCUUUUCUAGAAACAAGAAAAGGCAGUUUAGUGAGGAAUCAACAACCACUAAUGUUGAGUCUUCUGUCCAAGAACAUGUUACCUGGGCAUUGAGACAAAUCUGUGUGGAUGUACAAGCUUGGAUUCCAGGUGUACAAAAGGCAGGUGUCAGGAAGAUGGGCCCAUACACACCUGGAUAGCAUGGAAAGAAUAAAGGGCAGGAGGUGUGUCUGUGUGUGUGCAUGUGUACAUGCAUAUGCACGUGUGUGUCCUCAAACAAGUACAAGUUGCCCAAACUCUUGUUCCUAAAAUAAGCCCUAAAGAAUGUAGCAUUGGAUAAACUCAAAAUGACUCUCGGAUAGCAGUACAAUCCUUUAGUCGCAGAGCCUAAGAGGAUGGAGGAGGAUAAGUAGUGAAAAGGUUCCUAUUCCAUUUCAUGCUUGCUGCAAGGAGAAGAUGCUGAGCUAAAUAAUGGGCAACUGACAUGAGCCUGGAAAGAUGGCAGAGGCAUCAGACAAGAUGAAGCCAUGCUGUAGGGUGGACUUCCUUUCUUAAUGUUAACUUUUGCAUCAUUUCUUUCCUCUGCCUUCCAGGUAUCUACCGAAUUCUCUUUUGAAGGGUCUCUGAGUUUCUCUAAACCAUUUCUCUGUGUGUGUGUGUGUGUGUGUGUGUGUGUGUGUGUGUGUGUGUGUCUUUCUUCUUCUAAUUCUUCUUCCUUUCCUAUUCACUGCAUUUCUUGCCUUUUUAUCUCUUCCCCCUCUUUUUUUCCUUUUCCUCCUUUUAUUCUUCUCAUUCCUGCCAUAUAACAGAAUCCCCAUAUGCACCUGUGUGUGAGUUCCUGUCUUCCUGCCCCCACAGCUGUGGUACUACCCUUUCCCUCUGACAGCCAAUAAGUCACAUGCUCUCAUUUCCAGGUUGACCCCUUGUUUGAGGUGAUUAAACCAUCAUCCCUCUGCUUUGUUGCCUACUUUCUCAUUGCGAAUAGCUCUCACCCCUGUAAUGUUCUGUUGAAUACUGCAGCUGCACCCACCUC